AUGUUUUACUACUGGUAUCCCUUUAGCCCGGUAGAAGAACAACGAGCACUAGCAACACUUGGAAGAACUCACUUCUUAGAAGCCGAGCAUUAUGCAGAUGAUCCCCCAAAACAAACAGAAAGCCUGUCAAUGGCUCACCAAGCUUAUAUAGACAGCCUAAGUGUAUGCGAUUUGUUAGGUGAUUGUGUUGUCGAACACGAAUUGCAACAGAUGAGAGCUAGAUUAUAUUUAAAUUUGGGAUUAAUAUUCGAAAUUAAGCAAGAAUUAAGCAAAGCGUCAAAGUAUACUCACAAAUCUUUAACAAUUGCCAGAGAUUUUAAACUAAAAGAUACUGAAUAUCGUGCUCUUUAUACGCUUGGCGGUAUCUAUAUGAAAUCUGAUGAUUAUUCGAAUGCCAAGGAAAUGUUUUCUUUGGCUGUUGCUUCUGAUCAAGUUAAAGAUAAUAGCGUCGUUGAGAGUGAUAUUCUAGAGAAUUUAGGCCAGGUUAAUAUAAAAUUAAGCAAUUUUAAGGAGGCUAAGCGUGUAUUUAAAAAGGCGUACAAACUUCGUUAUGAAAGUACUGAGGAUACUAAAACUAGCCUUAGAGCAAAUUUCAAAUUAGCAACUAAAGGCUUAGAAUUACAGCGAAAACUGGCUGACCUUGAAUCACUAGAUCAAAAUGGACAACUGAAGCUGAUGGAGAAUCUAGGAGAUUUCUAUUCUAAAAUUGAAGUCAUGGAAAAAGCAAUUUAUUAUUAUAAGCAGCAAUUAGACAUUGCUCUUUCACUCAGCAUAGAAGGGGAAUCUUUGGCUGAUAUAUACGUAUCACUUGCUUUAUCAUAUGCCGAUGCCAAGCAAUAUAAAGAUGCUAUCGAAUUUUACGAGCGUGAAUUAAAAAUAGGUUGUCGAAAACCACAAGAGGAAUGCAAAACCUGGCUUAACAUAGCACAGUUACUCGAAGAUAGUUCUCACGAUUUUCAAAAAAUUAAUGAAUGUUAUGAAAAUGCCUUACGGCUUGCUAAAGCUAGUAACAACCCGCCAUUAAUUAUUAAAGUUCUCAAAGCUUUAGCUGACUUCCAAAAGAAGUUCUCAAGAAUUGAUUUACAAGAAAGAUCGUUUGAGGAAAUAAACCGAAUUAAGAAAGAAUAUGACAUAGAAAGUGAUAGCUCUGACUUGGAUGAUGACGAUAUUACUGAUGAUCCCGUAUUAAUAGACAGCGAUGAUAGUAUCAGUGAUAGUGAGAUCUCUGAUUGUUUAGAAGAGUACGAUAAGCUUCUACCUGAUUCGACAACUACGCGAAAGCGGCGAAGACUAAAGCGUUACAAAGAAAAAGUAAACGAUAAAGGUGAAACACCCUUGCAUAUCGCUGCAAUUAAGGGCGAUCUAAAAGUUAUUAAAGCCUUGGUAGAGCAGGGUGCAAAGAUAAAUGCUCGAGAUAAUUGUGGAUGGACUCCACUUCAUGAAGCUUGUAACUUUGGAUAUAAAGACAUCGCUGAAUAUUUGGUAAAUCACGGUGCAGACGUAAACAGUUCCGUGAUUGAUUCACAGUGGGGUAUGGUAACACCACUACUCGAUGCAAUACAGAAUUAUCACUUAGAUACAGUAAAAAUGUUACUAGAAAAAGGCGCUUCCCUAUCUUUAUCAGCCGAUAAGGGUCGUCUCUUGCUUAAACGAUUGCAAAGCGAGUUAGAAUCACAAAGUGACCAUGAUGGUAGUGAAGGAAAUACAGACGAUGACGUAAUCAAAGAAAUGAUUGCAUUAGUAAGAAAUGCUACAGGCCUGUCACUGAACAGCACAGUAGAUUCAGAAAAAAGCGGAAAUACAAACGACCGUAAUGGAGUAAGAGUCACAAGUUCGGAUACCGACGACAAUGAUGUAUCUUCAGCGUUGGUGGCGCCAAAGCGCACAAAAGGAAAAUCACGAUUAUCUGGUAAUAUUUUUAGUAAUAUCGGGAGAAAUCGGCUGAAUUGCCAGAAUUAUGAUACCGAUAGCGAAGAUGAUCAUAGACGCAAAUUUUCAAAAUCAAGCCAUGUAGAUAGUAGAAAACAAAUGUAUUCAUCAGAUGAAUCUGUUAAUGACAAUUACAUGCAACUUGAAACAGAAGGGGAGAGACAAUUAAAUGGAAUCAAACGUUCGACGGCUUUAAUUUCCGAAAUAGACUAUCAUGUGGACUGGCUUAUCGAUGAUAUUAAGGAAACUACAACUAAGCGGAAAAAGAAGACCCAGUCAACAGUAAUAGGUGACUCUAGAAAAGAAAGAAAAGGUAGUCGGGAAGGCGGAACUAAAAGGAAGAGUGGGAGGACUACUAAUUAUAAUGCCACUCAAUAUACGAUGGCUGAUCAAUUUUCAACAAAUUUUCAAGAUUCCAGUGCAGAUAACGAUGAAGAUGAUGGUAGAGCUUUCAUCGACAAUUUUGAAAAACCUCCUGCUACUCUUAAUACAGGAACGUCGGUCAUGCGCAUCAGAGUUAAAAUUCAAGAUAAAACAUUUUUAAUUCCUUGUGGUACAGAAAAUGAUAGAAGGACUGUGUCUUGGCUUUUGGAGCAAACUUCAAACCGUUACUUUAAUUGUACUGGAAUGAGACCCUUAGUUAUGAUCCUUAGUAAUAAGCAAGGAGCUUUACUUUCAGCGGAAGAUUGUUUAUUCGAUGUUUUAUCGAAUAACGAAGAAACGAUAGCUAAUGUUGAAUCUUGGGAUUUACCUCCUCUUAAGGAUCGUUACGUAUCGUGCUGUCAAAAUUUAGAUAUAGAGCCACAUUCUCAAGUGAUAAUGGCACUAGAUACAGAGAUGCGAUCCCAAAGCCUUGACUUGAAGAAUACGUUAUUAAAUGAUAAUGAUUUGUUGCCGAUAUCUCAAUCAUUGCAAGGCUUUACGCUAAUAACAACACUAGUAUUAUCCGGUAAUUGCAUUGGUGAUAAGGGAUUUAAGCUCCUUGCACCUAUUUUUAAGACUGCUCACAACUUGGUAACGGUUGAUUUAGCAAGUAACGGUAUUACUGAUGAUGGAUUAAAUUACUUCGUCGACUAUGCAUUUUCUGGCACUACAACAGAUACAUACAAUACCUCUUUAGGAAAGUUGCAAGAAUUAAACUUGAGCUUUAAUCCUUUGGGAGAUGGCAGUUCUACCGCAUUAGCAAGCUUGCUUAAUAACUGCAAGAGAAUGGUUAAACUUUAUAUAGAAUCUUGUUUGCUCACCCCAGCUGUCAUGAACCACCGCGAAGGGCUUAAACAUGGUCUGAAACAUGCCAAUGGAUUGCAAAGCUUGUCACUUUCUGGUAAUCAUCUUGGAUCAGUUGGAAUGCAGCACCUUUUAGAUUGCCUUCCGUGCACUUCUCUGGUUUGGUUAGGUCUUAAUUCUAUUGACGUGGAACUUCGCGAUGGCGGAGUUAUGACGUCGCUAAAAGAUUAUUUGCUUAAGAGUGAAUGUGCAUUGACAACUUUGGAAUUGGCUGGUAACUACGCAUAUCUCGAUGUUAUGGACGAUCUGGCCGCUGCAGUGUACCGUUUAAAGGCGAUUAAUCUUGGUUGUUGCAAUAUCUCUGACCCGUUUAUGUAUAGCUUAGCAAGGUACAUACCUUCAGCAGGAAUAAAUCAAUUAAUACUCCAAGGAAACUCUGGAAUUACCAUUGAUGGAUUAGAUGCAAUGGUAAAGUCAUUAUGUGCAGAACAGAAGCAAUUAGAAUUGCUGGAUCUCUCAGCUUGUGGUGUUACAUCGCCGAUGCGCAGUGACAUUUUGGAUCUGUUAUUGAUGCCUUGUUUACGAAGACAUGACAUUAAAUAUCCGGAAUGUGUUACAAAGGAUCUUCGCUUAAGUUUUAAUCGAAUUAAUACUAGGGAUAAGCAGGAACUGCAUGACAGAUGGAUUAAAGGAUGGGGAGCUGAAAGGGCCAAAGAGUUUUGUAACGAAAAUUACUGUAUAUUAUAUGUGUAA